GUAACUAAAAAGUACUUGAUACUUUGAGGCAUUUUGAUCAUCAUAUUGAUCAAACAUUUCCUGUUGAAGAGCAGAGCUUCUAUCUGCUUCACCAGAAGAACAGAGAUGUAUCACACAUCUCAGAAUACUUUAUUUAUUGAUCUAUUUUGACUGGUAAACAUUUGAUUUGUGUGUUAUUUGUAUUCUCUGCAGUACCAGGAGAAUGACAUCUUUGACCCUGUCUGGAGAACUGGAAGAGACCUUAAGAUCCAGACCAGGUCUGAGAGCUUCAGACUCUUUCAAGCCUCAGUGGAGAGAGACUUCACCAUAGCCCAUCUUCACCAUCAGGCCAGCAGGAGCUCUUCCCUGAGUGUGGUGUGUUCGAGUCAUCGUGCUGCCAUGAACCACGCAUCUAAACCACAUCGCAUGCAUCAGUUUCAUGCACUGUCCAAUCAUGUCGUCACUGUUGGAGUAUCAAAAUCCCUUUUGGUCUUCCUGGAAAUAAUCCCUCCGGAAAAGAAGGAAAGCAGAUCCGUCGACGCAAUCCGAAACUCCUCUGAAAUUAUGGCGGACUAUGACUUGAUUUUGAAGCACUGGGGUCCAGUGGAAGCGGAUUACAGCGCUCAUGGGAACCUGGUUCUGACCCGUCUAUUUCACGAGUACCCAGACACUCAGAAGCUGUUCCCCAAGUUUGCUGGCAUCGCCAAAGGUGACAUGGCAGGAAACGCGGCCCUCUCGGCUCACGGCGCCACGGUGCUGAAGAAGCUCGGCGAGCUGCUGAAGGCCAGAGGCAACCACGGUGCCAUUCUCAAACCUCUGGCGAACAGCCACGCCACCAAGCACAAGAUCCCCAUCAAUAACUUCAGGCUGAUCUCGGAGGUGAUCGGUAAGGUCAUGGGGGAGAAGGCCGGGCUGGACGCAGCUGGGCAGCAGGCCCUGAGGAGCGUGAUGGCUGCCAUCAUUGCGGACAUCGAGGCUGAUUACAAAGAGCUGGGCUUUGCUGGAUGAGGUUCCUGCUGGAACUAGACAGCCUGCAGGUGCUUUCAUUUUUAACAAACCAAAGCUGCACCGUAUCUUCUGCAUUUGCUCAGAUUAUUGUCCUUUUGUGCAAAAAUAAUCAAAUAUGCUUCACAAAGUAGAUUUCCCUGCAGGACUUCUCCUCUUGAUUGUAUUCAUCUCUCAACUUUCCAUCUAAAUUCUUGGAAAUAUGAGUUUCUCAGUGUUGUAAAUUGACAUCUUGUCAAUAAAAGUCUUUCUGCUCA